AUGGCAUUGGGGACUGCAACGGCUAUUUCAGGUGGCGGUGGUGAAGUAAUACCUCCCACUGAAUUUUCCUGUUCCUUUUUCGUCCGUCCGCCCGCCCUGCAGGUGGACCUCAAUGUCCGACCCUCCAAUCAGUCCAUCCUGGGCGGUCUUCCCCCGCCUCAACCGCAGAUCAGCAAGGACGCGGCACCCUCCUUCCAGCAGCGGUUGAAAUUUCUCCACGAGUCACUCCUCCCCGGUCCUCCCUUCGCCUUUGGUGCCAUCCUCGCUCUGAUGGCCAUAAUCACGGCCAUCUUUCUGCCGGAGGAUUCUCGUCCCGCUGGUGGUGCCUCACUGGGGGAGCACUGGGCGGACCCCGAGGAGAGG